GCGCCGAAGCUCGUCACGCGCAUGCGCUCUGGUGGACGGCUAGCUUCGUUAGCUAGCUGGUUUGGAUCAUUUAACUUUGGAAGCGCCGACCUGCUUUGGACUACAACGUUUAUGUAACAGGAGCAGGACUUUAAUACGCUUAUUUGCGUCAUCAUGUUGCAGUUUCUGGCUGGCUUCACUUUGGGGAAUGUAGUGGGAAUGUAUCUUGCUCAAAAUUAUGAAGUACCCAACAUAGCCAAGAAAAUUGAAGCUUUUAAGAAGGACGUGGAGGCCAAGAAGAAGCCCCCAGAGUGAGCAAAGCUGGACUGUGCUUCAAAGAAGAGGAGACGUCUUCUGCAGAGAUUAUUUAUCCACAGGGUUUUGUUGGCUCAGGGGUAUCGGGGGUGUGCAUUCGCUACAGGAUUAUUUGACAUGAGUAAAAGCAUAAGCAGUUCCAGGAGCAGUAUUUAUUUCCCUUCUCUGUAAUAAAUCCUUGUUUCCAUUGGAGUUUCCCCUCCUUGGGUGCAUUGCCUAGAAACUUGAUUUAACGAAUAAUGCAGCUAACUGAUGGGAUCACUUUAAAGUCUGAUUGGACUGGUCGCCUGUUCUUUUUUUGUAUAAUGAUAAUGUUUAAAGUGCAUUGAGAUGUACAGAAACAAAGCAUAAUUAAUCUACCUUCUGAAUUUUUAGUAACAACUGCCAAACGUUUUGCUACACCUUCACAAACAUUGUUCUCAAGCCUACAAUAAAGUUACAGAAAAUGA